AUAUUAAAAUAUUAUUAUGUAAAUGAUUGCACUAAGAGAGAUGGUAAGGCAUCUUUGGCCAAGUCAAAGAAAACUUAAUUUAAUUGCUAAACUCCAUAUGGCUUUGGUUGACAUGAAGCUCAAAUUAAAAACAACAAAGAAAUAAGAACAAGUACUAAGACCAUUUCAAAGGUUCACUUUCAUUUAAAGGGAUCUUCAUAUAAAUAUACACUCAAACACAACCAACACAACCACAACACCUAAAUCUCCAACAACAUCUUCAAACAUAAAUUAAAGUUACAAAUAAAUAAACAAACAAAAACACUAAAAGAAAAGAGAUAUGGGAAGGAAGAGAAAAGCAACUACAAGUGAAGGAGUGGAAGACAAAAGCUCUAGUGAGGAAACUAUGGCUUGGGAUGAGAUGGUGAAGGAAGCUGCUGCACUAGGAGGAGGAGCUGCUAGAAGAGCUCGAAAGCGCUUUGUUGGUGUUCGACAAAGACCAUCAGGGAGAUGGGUGGCUGAGAUUAAGGACACCAUACAAAAGAUAAGGGUGUGGUUAGGCACAUUUGAUACUGCUGAGGAAGCUGCAAGAGCCUAUGAUGAGGCUGCUUGCUUGCUUCGCGGGGCCAAUACUCGAACAAACUUCUGGCCUUGUUCUUCCUCAUCUUCUUCAUCUCCAGCUCUUCCUUCUAAGAUCACAAACCUUCUUCUCCAAAGACUCAAAGCAAGAAACAACAUCACCAACAACAACACUAACAACAAUAACAACAGCAGCAACAAUAACACUUUAGUCUCUUCUUCUUGUUUUGUGCCUAUAAUCAACAACAACUAUCAACAACAAAAUCAACAGCAAAUUGAUGAUCAUCAUGAGGAACCAAUGGAUUUCUCAGAUACCCAAUUCACUGAUUUUCUCAAUGACACUGAAGAUUAUUACAUCACAACCAAUAAUAACAAUAACAUUAGCUCAGCCACCAUUGACUACAUGACAUCAAGUUUUGAGUCAUGUUUAACUGAUCACCAAAGGGAAGAUUGCAGUGAAAGAGAGCAUGAUGAGACAGGACAGACUUCGAGUGGCGAAGAAGAAGAAGAAGAAGAUGGAGAGGAACAUGGAACUUGUUACCAUGAACUUAGUGCCUUGGAUUUCCAAUUUAUGAAUGAUAAAGCUUGUAACUAUUCUCCUUUUGAGAUUGCUGAGGUGAUAGAGGAGCCAAUGGAUCAAGAAGCUGCAGAGACUUUUUCGGAUGAGCCUUCAAUGCUUAGAGAGGCCAUGAAGAGAAUGAAAUAUGAGAGGAAAUUCUCUGCUUCUCUCUAUGCCUUUAAUGGAAUACCAGAGUGUUUAAAGUUAAAGAUUGGAGCAAUGUCUGAUUCUGAUCAACUAAGGAGCCUUAAAAAUGCUUGUAACAAAAACAAAGAAGAGAUUAUUAUGAGCAAGGAUGAAGAAGAACAUGUACAAGUAAUGAUGGAGAAGAAAGAAGAUCAUGAUCAUGAAGAACUAGAGGGCUCAAAUAUUAUUAUUGACUCUGAUUUUAGUGAUGAUGGUGAGCUCAUGUCACUUUGGACCUCACUUGAUCUUCCACCUAUCUGUUUUGUCAACUAGUAAUCAUUCAAUUUCACCUUUGACAUCUUCAUUCCAUUAUUCCAUUCAAAUUAAGGCUUUACAAUACAAUUCAAGAUUAUUUCUGCAACAUGAUCUUUCUUUCUUAUAUAUGCUAAGCAAAUAAGAAAAAUGUACACUUUUUUUCUUUUAGAAACUUUAUUUACGAUACAGCUUAAUGAAAUUACUUGUUCUUU